AUGAGCAUCAAUGCUGUUCAUGUAGAGCAAGCAAUUAAAGCUAUUGAGAAGGGCUAUCAAGUUCUCUGCGAGAAGCCACUGAGCAUCAACAUCGAUAUAUCCGUUGUAGAUGCUCAUAAGAAAGCCCUUAGAACUCACCCCAACCAAAAGGUCAUAUGUGCAUUCUCCCGCCGCUUCGAUGCCUCCUACCGCGAAGCAUACCAGAAGAUGUUCGUCGAAUAUGCCAAAACCAGCGGUGGGAUCUUCCUUGACUGUUCCAUUCACGACAUUGACCUGAUGCUGCGGUUCAUCGGUGAGAACUACAAGCUCAAGAGUGUGCAAGCUGUCGGUGUCACCACUGUUUAUCACAGGCUCGACUCAACCAAAGACCACGACAGUGAGACAGCUACCAUUGAAUUCCAAGGUGGUCGAGCUGCUACGCUGUACUGCUCGCGCAUGAUGACUGCAGGACAGGAAGACACCACGGAGAUUAUCUGCGAGAGGAGCUCUCUGAAGGUGAACAUGCAGGGAAGGAAGAAUCAUGUUGAAGUCUAUGACUUAGACAGUGCCCGGCGUGAGCUUCCGCAGCAUUACUAUGAACGCUUCAGGGAGGCUUUCGCUACUGAGGCCAGCGAGUUUACUGAUUGCUGCUUGGAUAACAAACCUACGCGUGUGCCUCUUUAG